AUGAAGCACUUUGAUUACAAUUUAGGAGAAACUUCAGCGAAAUUACCAGAUAUAUUAGCUUACAAUCCACCAAUUCUUGGUGUAGCCAUAUUUUUAAAAGCGAGAAAGUGUAUUAUGUUAGUUGAUGUCUGCGAAUUGGCCUUGGUAGAUUCAAGAGGCUAUACUCUAGCACAUUUCGCCGCAGCAUCAGGCGACAUUGAACUUUACGCUCAAUUCGAUGCUACAUACAGCUAUACUCGUGAAGAUACAAAAAAAGAUUUACCUUUUCAUCUCGCUUCUUACUAUGGACACUUAUCAAUCGUUAAAGCAAUUGCACAAAAUAAUCGUUACAUAUAUUUCGACCAUAAUGGUCAUACAUGUGCAUCUCUUGCCACGAUGAAUGGACAUUACGAAACAUUGGACUAUUUAAUUUCGAACAGUUUCUUCCAAAAUACAUCAGUCGAGAAAUACAAGCUAAUUUGCACAGCAGCACGUUACGAUCAAACCAGAAUUAUGACUUUCUUUCGUGAUUUUGGCUUUUUUCUUGAUCUAGAAAAUGAUCAGAAGAAAAGUGUUCUUUCAGUGGCCGCCAAAAGUGGUUCAUUUAACGCCGUGAAGCUACUUAUAUCUAUGGAACUGAUAAGUCCAAAAGAUGUCACAUCAUACCCUCCAACAGUUGCUGUCUGUUGUUCAGUAAAGAUCCCAAUUUUGGAGUAUUUGUUGAAAAUGAAUUUUCCUUUAAAUGUCAAAGACAAUUAUGGAAGAACUCCUUUCUGGACUGCCAUAAUGAGCAAACAACAGGACAUGGCAUUGUAUUUAUUAACACAAAAAGGAAUAGAUACAACAUCAAUUCCAAGCGAAGAAUCAAUUUCUCCUUUCGAAUUUGCCAUUAAAAAUGACAUGUCAAAAGUUGUCAAAGAAAUGAUGAAAACCUUCAAAAUAAAGGAAUGGAAAGUUGCAAUUCUCGCUGCAAAAUACAAUGCUGUAGAAACAUUUACAAUGCAACUUACGAAAUUCACAGCCAUCAAAAUUUCGCAUUCGAAACAAUUCAUUACUUCAAAAACAAUUGGAUUGGAAAUCAUGAAGAAGUUUAUGCUUAAACUUCAGAACUACGCGGAAUCAUACCAGAAUGCUUUCGAAUUCGCUUGUGAUUUGAAAUCACAAACAAUUUGCAAGUUUAUUAUUGGUUCUGGUUUGGAUUUCAGAAAUUGCAAAAAAUCUGACAUUAAAAAUUAUAGUGAUUGCAAAACAAGGAAGCAGAAAUUUAUGAAUUACUUGAUAGACAAUGGUGGAAUGGAACCAUAUAAUGCAGAAGGAAUAACUCCAGCAGCUUGUUUCGCUUGUAAAACAGGUGUUUUGGAGAAUGUCAGUUUUGUUAUUGAAAAUAAUCUCCAAAUUCCUGCUGCUUACAAAACAAAUACAAAGUUUUUAUUCGAAGCAAUUGAUAGAAGGGAAUUUACUCUUGCUUACAAACUCAUACAAAAUGAUUUUACGUCUUCUGUUGAAUUCGAUGCUUAUAUUCCUCUUUUCCAAAUCAUUAACGAUAAAAACGCUCGAGAAAUUGAUUUGAAAUUUGCAAUAAGACUUCUUGAGUUAAUGAUUACUAAGAAGAAUCCUAUUCAAUCAAUUUUAGCCGCAAAAUUAAUGUUGCAAGUAAGAAAUCUAGAUGCUGUUAUGUUAAUCAAAAGUUCUGAUCUAAUUACAAAAACAGCUUGUGAAACUUUUGAUUUAUUCCGUUACGCCAAUGAAUAUGAAUCUCUUUUAUUUGGAUAUGUCUUGAAUGCAUCAACAAAUUUAAAGAAAGAAGUUUUGAAUGAUUUGAAUGAUAAAAUUCACAUCGAUGUCAUUCAAAUGGUUUUGAAUAAAAUUCCUAAUGUUACAUCAGAAGACUUCUUCAAUAUGAUUACAGACAUGCCGAAUAGACCUGAUGUUGUAAGAUUAUUCUAUGAAAAAGGAAAUACGAUGACAAAUGUAAUAUUUAGAAGAUUAUUAGAAAGAAAAGAAAAAUCGCAGAUAACAAGUGAUAUGUUUAAAGUGUUCGUAGAGAAAGGAUUAAAGGUCGAUGAGCCUGGAUUAUUAUGCUUCUGUCUUUGCCACACAAAAAUUGAUGAUUUCGAGGUAUUCCCAACUAAUUGUUUGAAUUCGAAAUACAAGGAAUUCACUCCUUUGGUCUGGGCACUUUAUCAUGGGAAAUCAAAUAUUGCAGUGAAAUUAAUUAAGAGAGGUGCUGAUCCUUCGAUUGAUUGCGAUGGAUUAACACCUAUUAUAGCUGCUGCAAUGCAUCCGACCAAUCUAUUUGCAUUGAGAUUGCUUAUAGGAAAAGGUGCUUCGCCAUCUAAAAUGUCUGAAGUGACAAAUCAAGUUUUCAAGAAGUUCAGAUAUCAGAAAAAGACAAAUGCAUGCAUAUUAGCUCUAGAAAGAGGAGAUAGAGACAUGCUUACCAUGCUAAAGAAAUUUGAUUUUGAUGUAAAGAAUCUGCAUGGAGGAAUAGCCACUUCCAAGCAGCUAGCCAGCUUUGCAGGUGUUGAUAUAUAA